AUGGAGUUCACUGACAGCCAUUAUUGCAAAACUAGUAGAAUGCACCUGAAGUUCUUGGGACAGUGGCCCUAUGAGGAUCCUUCGAAACGCAGGAUUCGAAUAUAUUCCAUUUACACUGCUGGAAUUAUGAUAUUCUCCUCGCUGUUUUUGAAAUUCACCCGAUCUUUUCGAGAAUUAAACAUGUUCGAAGCUAUACCUCCAACCAUAACGGGGCUAGUUUGCGUGUCUAAAUUAAACGCUUUGAACUUCAAUGGAAAGAAGCUAGGGUACCUACAAAAGCAAAUAAAUGACGAUUGGAAAGAACGAACAGCUCCCGAUGAAAUAAAAAUCAUGGAAAGAUAUGCGAACGAAGGAAGGAUCUUUUCAAUGGCGUACAUGUAUCUUAUAUUCAUGAUUUUAACGGUAUAUGUUAUGUUCAUAUUCGAACCACGCAUGCUCGACAUCAUCUCACCUCUGAACGAAACUCGCCCGUUGAAACCACUUUUUCCAGCAGAAUUCUUCGUCGACGAGCAAGAAUAUUUCGCCUUGAUAACAAUCAUCUCUAUUUUUGUUUGUUUCUUCAUAAUCAUUAUUUUGGUAGCCUUCGAUACAAUAUUGAUCACAUACGUCCAAUAUAUAUGCGGUAUGCUCGCCGUUGUUGGAUAUCGGCUGGAACAUACACUCUAUAAGUGUAACGGUACAGAGCAAAUAUCCAUUAGUCGGCAAAGGAAGAAGUAUUCUCUUUUUCUCAUGGAUUGCGUUCGCACGCAUUGUAAAGCAUUAGAUUUGAUCGAUCUUCUGGAUUCGACUUUUACGCUAUGUCAGCUUAUAGUAUUGGGUUUAAACGUGUUAUGUCUCACCAUUACUUUAACAGUGAUGUUACUGGGAUCGUUUGAAAUGUGCCGGUAUGCGCUGUACGCUUUCGGCCAGUUGCUUCAUGUUUUUUACGUCAGUUAUCAAAGUGAAAAACUGAUCGACCAUAGUCUUUCAAUUACGAAGAAAAUAUAUUAUGGCAACUGGUACACGGUACCGAAAGAAACGCAAAGAAUGUUAUUAUUUAUGUUGAUGCGCUCCAGCAAACCCUCCUAUAUAACAGCUGGAAAAAUAUUCGUGUAUUCCAUGCAGAAUUUUAGUAUGGUUGUCCAAAAUUGUAUGUCGUACUUCAUGGUUUUGGCGUCUUUCCAGUAA